CUGCACAGAAUGUCUAAACAGCCGUCGUCCAAUGUAAAAGCCCUGCAGGCCAACCUUAAUAUUCCGAUGGGGGCUCUGCGUCCUGGGGCGGGACAUCCUGUGAAGAGGAGAGAAGAUACAGUAGAUGCAGAGGAGGCAUCCCCAGUGACUCCAGAGGAGAAAAAGGCCCUGCCUGGUGCUGUGAAACUACCGGGCCCCGCCGUCGACCUUUCCGAGCUCCAGAAUGUAAAGAGUGAACUCAGAUGGGUCACCAAGGACUAAACAACACAGGUGACUCCACCCCCAUUUUAUCCAAGGCUUUGGUUACUAUCUCCAUCCAAUCAGGUUAAUGUAUUUACCACAACUCCCAGAGAACCGGUCGCAAAGGAAUCAACGACAAGCCUUAAUGAUGACACUACCUACUGACCCGAGAAUAAUUGAGGGGGUGGAUUCUAUCAGAGCAAAGACUGAUGGGAAUUGAGCAACUCGAAGCUCUGAACCAGGGUUUAGUCCGUCUAAAAUAGGUCACCACUUUUUAAACCUCCCUGUAUGCUAUUCUGUAUUUUGUUUUAAAAUGUACUAUGUUUAACUUAAAGGGAUAGUUCACCCAAAAAUGCAUAUUCUGUCAUCAUUUACUCACCCUCACGAGUAAACUAUCCCUUUAAAGUUUGAUUUUAUAGAUGUUCUGUAUUCUCCUACUACCAUCAAUUAAUCAUAAAA